GCCAAGGUCACACUCUAUCAGCGAGUUUUGUGGCGUCCGGUUGGCCUUUCCGUUAUUCGCUGCGUCGCUGCGAUACUGUUCCUCCACGUUUUUGGCGUCGUCGUACGUUUACGUGUCCCGCUUACUCGCGCGCACUCUCUCUCUUUCACUCUGCUGCGCGCGUGCCUAAGUGUGCUCUGUGUGUGUGUGUUUGUGUGUGUGCCUCUGUGUGCGUCCGUGUUGGCGAGCAGCGCAGCGCAAUAGAAAAGAAGAAGCAGAAGCAAAAAACAUAAGUGAAUUUUUUUUCGGGUGGAAGCGCGGUGAAAAAUGCGUGCCUGUGCGCGUGUGUGUGUGCGUGUGUGCGAAAAUCAAUACGAAAACAUGAAUAACAAAAGCUAAGAAAAAUAGCUACAACGCACAACAAAAAAAGAAGCUGAAGCUAAAACAUAAAAUACAAAGAAGAAAAAAACGUGAAAAAUAAUAAAUAAUAGGAAUAGGGUAGCCAGCAGGAAGGAACAGUUAGCCAUUCCAGUGAGCUAAAACAGCACACACACGCACGAACCCAUUUCCACAUCCAGCCCAUCCAGGGCUUCCAAUUGACAGUUGCCAGCAGCCAGUUGCCAGUUUCCAGGACCGCAGCAGGAUGUCGCUGCAAACGAAAAGGCAGCACUGCUAUCUGUGCGAUUUACCCCGCAUGCCAUGGGCGAUGAUCAAUGAUUUCUCGGAGGCGGUAUGCCGCGGUUGCGUCAACUACGAGGGCGCCGAUCGCAUCGAGGCGGUGCUGGACGCCGCCCGCCAAAUGAAGCGUCUCCAUCCCGCCAGCAAACAGCAGCGUUCCCAUGAGAACGGCGAAGUAUCGGCCGCUGCAGCAGCAGCCGUCGUCCUGCAACAGCAGCAGCAACAACAGUUACAAGUUGGUCCAGUACCGGGACCAGGACCGGGUUCCCAUCGCGGCGGUGGCGGCGGCGGUCCACCGGGUGCUCCGCCCGGCAGCGGUGUUCCCGGUCCGUCGGGCGCCGGUUCGUUGAGUUCGCUGGGCAAUGCCGUUGCUGCUGCCGCUGCCGCUGCUGCAGUGCAUCAUCACCAUCAGAUGCCCUAUCAAAUGCCCGUGCCACGCAUCGGUCCGCCACUGGACUAUCCCGUUAAGCUGGAGGAUGCGCCCGGCGGCGGUGUGCGACCCGUACGCAUUUCACACAUGACGCCCCACCACCUGCCGCCAAAUGCGACCCGCGGCGGAGGCGGUGCACCCGGCGGCGGUGUACCCACUGCCGGCAGUGGCGGUGGCAGCCUACCGCCCGCCCUCUCCGUAAAUCUAAAGCGACCGCCCAGCGAGGAUGUCGAUGUGGAUGUGAGCCAGCAGCAACAGCAAUCGGGACACGGCCUGCCGCCAGAUGGCGGGGCUGGCAACGCCCUAUCCGCCGGCGGAGGCGUGGCCGGUGGCGGUCCGCCCGGCAUCAAGCGCAGCGCCAUGGACGACCCAACGGGCGGUGGCGGUCGACCGCCAUUGACGCGCGGCGAAUCCCUUCCAGCGGCGGUCAGCUAUGUGCCCGAGCGGCAGCUCAGCGGACUCCGUGAUAAGCAGCAGCCGGUCAGAGCGCCCAGUUUCGAUGCAUCGACCUUCAAAGCAGAGCACAUGUCCCCGGCCAGUCGACGCAAUGGAUCGAGUCCGCCCUCGGGACCGCUGCCACCGCGCAGCGUACACUCGCCGAACAGUUCGGGUUCCUCGUCGGGACGUCGUUCGUCCGGAUCCCGACACGUGUCCAGCACCACCGUUACCAGCUCCGAGGUGGGCGGCUCGAAUCCGGGCCAGGCGGUGGUGGCCGGCGGCCUUGGGGGAGGUGGCGGCGGAGGACCCGGCUCGAAUGCAGCCAGCGGCCAACUGGGCGGACCCAGUGGCGGCAGUGGACAGCUGAGCUGUACAAGCGGCGGACCGGGCGGCGGUGCCAGUUCCGGUAGCGGAGGCAAUGGAGCCAUUGGUCCAGCCUCGAUGGCGCCAAAUUCAGUGACCGGUGAUGGCAGUCCGGCCGGCGGUAAUGGUCCAUCCGGCAGCAACGGAAGCGGCGGCUCUGUGAAUCCCGGUCCCGGCAGCAGUGGCAGCCAGGGCGGCGGCGGAGGCGGCACACCGCUGGCCAGCGGCGGCGGUUCGGCGGGCAGCGGCGGUCUCGGCGGAGCUCCAGGCAGCAGUGCCGCCUCAAAUUCAGCAGCAGCAGCGGCGGCGGCAGCUGCUCAGAAUGCCACGCUCAAGUGCACCCUGUGCCAGGAGCGAUUGGAGGACACGCACUUUGUGCAAUGUCCCUCGGUGAAUCACCACAAGUUCUGCUUCCCCUGCAGUCGCGAGAGCAUCAAACGACAGAAUGGACUUGGCAACGAGGUGUACUGUCCCAGCGGCGAUCGCUGUCCGCUAGCCAACUCGGUGAUACCGUGGGCCUUUAUGCAGGGCGAGAUCACCACCAUUCUGGGCGAGGAGGUCAAGGUGAAGAAGGAGCGCGAGUCUUAAUGUCCAUUUUACUGUAAGAAGCUGCGCAGGGCUUUGGAGCACUUUUGAGAGGCGACAACUCCCCGGAUAAUAUCUGGCAUCCAACUCUCGACACUCUCCGUUGGGUCAAUGGUUUAAGAUUGGGGGAAAUUUAAAGGAGUAACCGUUUUUUUUGGCCACGGCGGCGGCAUCUCAACAGUAGUAGAUAUGAAUGUAUAUGCACUGUAUUUGUCCAUGACGACCGACCAAACAACAACAACAGCAACUACAACAUCAGCAUCAACAACAACAAAACCACAAUUUUGUAGGCGUAAGCAACAAAAAACAAAUAAGAGAUGAAAUCACGUAAAUGAAAAUUGCAAUUUGUUACCAGCAAAAUGAGUUUAUGAAGAAGAAAGAAAACACCAAAACGCUCGCAAAUCAGAAAAUCAGUAAAACAAUGUAAGCGAAUGCGUUGAUACACAUUUUUGUAGCUUACUUAUAGAGACGAGCGUUGGUAAAUUUGUCCAAAAAAAAAAAAAAAUACCAACCAACACGAAAUUUCUACGAAAAUGCAUACGUAGUCAAGUGAGAAAGAUUUUCAAACCGAAAUGAAACGAGAGAAACUUGAAAUUUUUCUUAAUAAAACGAUAGUAAACUAAAAUCAACCUAAUUGUAGCAGACACAAGCGGCAAACACAAACCACAAAUAAAGGAAAAUACACUUGCUGGCAUUAGAUAUAAAAUCCUUUUUUUUAAUACGAUUAUACAUAAAACCUAUACAUUAGACGAUAAUUAUAAUUCUGUUAUGUAGGCGAGCGAUUUAAUUCAUAAGUUACACUUAGUUUGCACUAAUUAAUUAAUUUAUUUCUAUACAUGUUGCCUAAUUUACAAUCGACAUUUUACCCUCCUUCCCUCACUCUUUUACUUUUUUUUUUUUAAAUACUUUUAUUCGGAUAAUAACACUUUUUUUUUGUAAGUUAACUAAUUUAAAACACAAUGAAAAAACGAAUGGAAAUGAUAGAGAGAAAAACAGUUAUUAUGCUAAAGAAAUGUACAUACGUAUGCAUACCACAUAAUCGGAAUAUAAAUAUAUACAUAUAUUUAAUAAUAUAGAAAUAUAUUUCAUGUUGAACACGAAAUUGGCGGCAAAAACAACUGGCAACACACCGAUAACGGAGUUGCAGUGGAAUUUUAAACAGACUUUUAAAUUACAGCGAAUCCCAUUCGCUCACUGAACAUUUUAGCAACACUUUUUGUGCUUUUGAACGAGGCAGUGGAGCCAACUGGGCGAUAACUCCUCUUGGGUAUUAGAUUGGCAAAUGUUUUUUAGCUAUAUAUAUAUGCAUAUAUAUAUAUAGAAUGUAUAUAGCCGAUGUUGCUGGGCGUGAAUUGCAAAAAGUAAGAAGCACACACAAACUGGACCAACCAAUCGAAAAAGCACAACAAAUCUCGAUAUCGGUUUGAAUCGAACAUUACCAGCAAUACAACUUUUUUGAAUGCCUCCCAAUAGACGGCAUUUGGUGGGACUGUAUCAAUGCAAAUUGUCCUUUUUGCGGUUCCAAUUUGAAACUGAUUUAUAAAUGCUGUCUACUGAAGGCUGUUUUUACUCGGCUCGCAAGAAAUCCGAAUGGAAAGCUAUAUUAACAUAUAGGAGGAAAGCCGUCAAGCGAAUCGAUCAUCUAAUACAAUUUAUAUAUGUAUGCAUAGCACAUAUAUAUACAUAUAUAUAUAUGAUUAUAUACAAGUAGAGGCAUAUUGAGCAAGGCAUAUUAUCAAGUUCAAUUUGCCAAAUUCAUUCGAUUUACUUCGGCGUCUUUAAACUCUAUUAAUGAAAGGAAAAUCGUAGAGUUUAUUUGAAAAAUCAGUAGAACAAUUUAUUCUGUUUGAUUUUGAAGAAAUCUCUUUUUCUGAUCGACAGCAGCAGUUUGAUUGUUGAGGUAUUUGGAUGAUUUCGAUAGAAGCAUUAAAGAAUCGGCAAUUAUCGAUAGCAACACAUUUUCACGAAAUCGCUGGAACAGUAAGUGAACAAGAACUGAGAACUUACAUAUGUGAAUCUUUAAUUCCCUAUUAAUAAUUAUUUUUAAAAUCUAUCAGUACUCUUUCGUUAAACGCACGAUUUAAGCUAAUAAAAAUACUUUUAAAACAAAAAACUCAAAAGAACCAUAGUUUACAAUAGUUUUUCGUUUUGAAACUGAUUAUCUUUGCAGAAAUGCUGAGUUUAAUGCACAAUUUCUACACAUUUUGGUUCCUUUAAGGGAAAGAGCAGUUGGAACAAAAACAAAAAGAUAUAAACACAUUUUGUGAUAUAGCCUAGCAAGAAGAACAACAAGAAGAGCAUGAGAUCCUGGAAAUCGGAAAUACCAAAAUGGAAAAUGCAUGAAAAGCAAAAUAGCUAAGAAAACUUUAAACAAGUUUAGCACUUUGGCAACGAUCUCAAAAUAAAAACAAAGAGAUUCCCAAUUAAAGAAAUCAACACGAAAAGUGAAGAAAAAUUGAAAAAAAUGAAAAACAAUUUAUAAAGAAAUCAUACAAUAGGCCAAUACCAACGUUUUAGCAAUCUAAGUCUAAGAAGAAAACUAAUCGAAAUUUUCUUUACAACAAAACUAAACUAAAUAAUAACUAACGUUUGUAAACCUUGUGCGUGUGUGUGUAAAACAGUAGUGCUAUCUAAAUAUAAUACAGAUUAGAUAUCGCAUAAUGCAUCAACCCUAUAUAAGUACGAGUACAUACAUAUUAAAAAACCUAAAAAAAAAAAAACAAAAAUCAAACGAAAAGGAAUAUAAACUAUAUUUGUGUGUUUGAUGUCAGUCAACUAAAUGUUAAAGUCAACUAACGAUCACGUAAUUGUAUUGCAUAGCCUAUAACAUUUUUUGAACGAAGCAAACCAAGUCGAUUCGAUUUAGCAUUGAGUAUCAACUUUAUACUACAUAUACACUUAACGACUAAAGAUAGACACACAUGUGGUACAACUAAGAGGAAACACCGGAUGCAGCAGACACGAAAACAAAUACCUAAUUGGAAGCGAAUGCUGGCAAUCAUUAAUUGAUUGAUUGAAUAAUUGAUUGGGGACUUUGAUGACGGGCAAAACAAUUAAAAAUACUAUACAAAAUCGAUAAA